AUGUCCCUGUCCUAUAGAUUUCGUGUUGCACCCAACACCAUAGUGACCAUUGUGUCAGAAGUCUGCCAGGCCAUCUACGAGGAACUUCAUGAAGAGUUCAUCAAGCUUCUUACAACCGAGGAAGAAUGGAAACAAGUUGCUCAAGGCUUCUCAGACAGAUGGAACUUCCACCACACGCUGGGAGCCUUUGACGGCAAGCAUGUGGCCAUCCGGGCUCCAUCUCACUCAGGAUCCGCCUACCACAACUAUAAGGGAUAUUUUUCAAUUGUAAUGUUGGCAGUAGUGGAUUCCCAGUAUAACUUCAUGUACUUAGAUGUUGGUUCCAAUGGCAGCUGCUCAGACGCUGGUAUCUUCAAAGAUAGCGAGUUCUACUCCGUUUUGGAAGAGGGAGCAGCAGCACUACCUCCACCAGAACCCCUGCCUGACGAUGAUCACUCAAUCCCCUACUUCUUUGUAGGGGAUGAUGCUUUUGCCCUCAAAGACUGGAUGAUGAAGCCCUAUGCCACCAGGAACAUGACCAAGCCAGAGAGGUUGUUCAACUAUCGACUCUCCAGGGCCAGAAGAAUUGUUGAAAAUUCAUUUGGCAUACUAGCACACAGAUUCAGAUGUCUGUUAACUACAAUGCUCCAGAAGCCUGGAAAUGUGGAGACGAUUGUACUGGCUUGUUGCUGUCUCCACAACUUGUUAGCCGCUAGAAAACCACAGAAGAUCACCAGAAGAGCUGACAGAGGAGAGACUGAUGCAGACCAUUACUGGUGGGCAGAUGGAAGCUGGAGGUCAGAAGAUACUCUUGACUCUUUGCAAGUUGUUGGAGGAAAUGUUGGAACCAGAAGUGCUAGAGCCUAG